AUGGGCAAAAAGUCGGGCAGCAAUUCGCCAAAUCAGCUUGACUUUGAGGUGAUCAUCGUCGGCGCGGGAAUAUCUGGCAUCAAUGCAGCCUAUCGCGUGAAGCAGCAGGCGCCCCCGGGCACCAGGUUCGCUGUCUUUGAGGGGCGAGACAGCAUUGGCGGCACCUGGGAUUUAUUCCGUUACCCUGGAAUUAGGUCCGAUUCCGACAUCUUCACCUUCGGCUUCUCCUGGAACCCAUGGCCGAACCAAACAACUCUAGGCAUGGGCCAUGAGAUAAAGCAAUACAUGAUCCAGUCCGCCAAAGUAGCCGGAGUCGAUGAGCAAAUCAGAUACCAGCACAAAGUCAUAUCGGCCAACUGGAUUCCGGGACAGAACUACUGGGAGGUCUCGGUCAGCGUGAAAACCAGCGAGAAGCUCAGGGUCUUCCGCACGCGUUUCCUGCUCCUCGGCACUGGGUACUACGACUACGAACAGCCGUUGGAAACAGUCAUCCCGGGAAUCAAGGAUUUCAAGGGGAAGGUCAUUCAUCCGCAGUUUUGGCCAGAAGACUACAACUACACCAACAAGGAGAUGGUUGUUAUCGGCAGCGGAGCUACUGCCGUAACUAUUGUACCAUCCGUGGCGGACAAGGUCAAGCAUGUCACCAUGUUGCAGAGGAGUCCGACUUAUAUAUUUCCGUUGCCUCAACACCCGAAACUCACCUCCUUCGUGUUCGCAUUGAUGCCGUCUCGCAUGGCUCAGCUGGCGAAUAGACUGUUAUGGAUCAUACAGGGCUAUCUCAUGAUCGCUGCCUGCAGGACAUUUCCGGGCUUGGCCAAGAGACUCAUUCGGGCAGUGAACAAGAAGCUGCUCCCGCCCGACAUCCCCUGCGACCCUCAUUUUACUCCACGAUACAACCCUUGGGAGCAGCGACUUUGCGCGUCUAUGGACGGAGAUUUCUUCGCAGCGCUGCGCUCCGGCAAAGCCAGCGUGGUUACGGAUACGAUCGCUACCGUCACGGAAGAUAGCAUCAAGCUGAAUUCUGGUGAAGUCAUCCGACCAGAUGUAAUCGUCACAGCUACGGGUCUCAAGCUCAAGUUUGCCGGCGGCGUUCGGUUUUCGGUGGACGGCAAGCAUCUGGACCCCACCCAAGGAUUCAUCUGGAAGUCCUCCAUGAUUCAGGACCUUCCCAAUGUUGUGUUCUGUGUCGGAUACGAAAACGCCUCCUGGACGCUUGGUGCCGACUGCGCGGCGCAUCUUCUAACGCGCCUGAUGUGGGAGCUGCGCGAUAACAAUGCUACGGUCGCGGUGCCACACCUCGAGAACCCAGAGAAGAUGGAAGUCAAGCCGUUGCUUAGCCUGUCAGCGACAUACCUGAAAAACAUCAACAGGGCCCUUCCGAAGGCCGGUACAGGACCAUGGAGGCCCAGAACUCACUACACGGCAGACUUGUAUGCGGCAAAAUGGGGUGACAUCAGGUCUGGACUUCUCAUAAAGUAG